AUGCAUGUUUGGUGUGAUAUGGAACAUGAUUCGUUUAUGUGGGAGGUCGACGCCGAGAUCGGUUUUUGGCUGAAAACCGGUGAUUCAACUUCAGAAUUCAUUUCGGUAUAUAUUUUCGUAUGUAUUUCCAAAUAAUAAAUUUAAAUCUUGCUUGUCUUGCCAUCUUGAAUCUUGCCAUUAAUGGAAAAAAAAACGUUUCUUUCGAAUCGCACAAAAGUUAUAUUCGAUGAAGAAAGGGAUAAAAUAAGAAAAAAAAAAUGUGAAGAUCUCAUUAAUUUGAAGAUGCAUCGAAAGUGGCUAGAAAAGUUUUUUUAAAAAAUUAAAACUAUGUCAUUUUUUAGGUCGAGACCACCGAGAAAAAUAUAAAAAUAUGAAAAAAGUUUAAUUUUUUUUAGAAGCGCGCAGUUUUCACUGCUCAACUGAAACCUGUGGAAAUUCAGUACUGUACUACAGAACAUGAGCCGUUCGAUAAUGUGAACCUGGUCUGGUCCAUUCAAAACCAAUUCCUGGGGUUUUAAAGGCGCAGAAAGUGAUUCGGUCAAAUCAGAAAUCAAAAAAUCCUCGUUGCGAGACCUUUUCGAAUUCAAGAUCUCUUCUUUAAAACCCCAGAAAAGUGGGGGUGAACAAUUAUAAUUGUUACAUCUUUCAGGAAGGAGAACACUUUUCUUCUUCUGUGGUUGUCAUCCAAUCUACCUUGUUUUCAGUUAAAAACAUGAGGUUGGAAAAGUCGAAACCUUGUCGAAAAUGUAGUUGUAACAGAACGAAAGACCUUCUUCCACAGUUGUGCUUCUUGAAUCCUCAUAACGACUCAGAUUUGAUCAUUUUAGUAGAGCGAGUACCAUUCCACGUGCAUAAACAGGUUUAGUAUCUAUCAGAAAAUAAAUAAUUUCUUCGCAGAUUUUGCAAGUUUAUUCAUCUUUUUUCCGCGAACUGCUCAGCGAAAUUGGAGAGAAGAAGGAAAUUCAACUUGAAAAUGCGACGAUUUUAGAUAUGGAAAUGCUGCUGAAUUUUAUUUAUCCCUCGGAUCGGGAAGUUAAUAGUGAGUGAAAAGUUAGAUGAAGAUUUGCCAUCAAUUGCAUUAUCAUGGUCCAUUCAUCGGUGCCUUUCUAGAUAUUUUAAUGAAAGGCUUCACAUGACACGCAUGUUCAAGGCGGCCGGUCGUAUCACAGUAAUCGAGCUAGGUUUUUAGUUAAUAAAAUGAAAACUUGUGUACUUUUUGUGACGUAACUUAUAUAUCUUGUAGCCUUGAGAAAUAGGUCCUUAACAAAUAGCAAAAAAGAAAAAAAUAUUCUUGGCUCCGAAACUGACAGCGCAACAUUGACCGGCCGUCGUAGCAUUGUCUUAAACUUGCAUGAUGGUUGGAAGAGAUUUUGUCGAGUCAAAAGCACUUUUUUCCAGUUGAAAACGUAGAAGCGCUGUUGAUUCUUGGCAAACGCUUUGGUGUCCCUUCCAUUUUGGUCGAAUGUGAUCGUUUUCUAUGCGCGGACCCUGCUACGGAAGAGUAUGAUCCACUCGUCUAUCUGCGCUGGUCCUUUCUGUACAAUCUUCCUGACUUGCAGGUUUAUUUUUGGUUCAUGAAAGAUCAUAUCAAUUGUCAGAAUUGCUUAAAAGUUCUACGACAACAAAAGAAGAUAGACAAAACAGUAGAAUUUGAAGAACCAAAAUAAAUUUUUAAAAAAUUUUCAUUGAGAAAUUUUUUAAAAAGGGCUGUAUUUGUUCGAUCUCAGUUUUUUUUUGUUCAAACUCAUUUUCCUGAUAGAGAAUGAAUCUAGGAUCACCUUCUCAAGUCUUUCGACACCGUGGAAAAUAUUUCGAAGGCUCAAAAAAACUGGUGGUGGCCGUUUUUGGGUGGCGUGGAACGAGAAGCUCUACUACGAAGAAAGUCGGAUUUGCAGGCGACAGAAAAAUCGUGAAAGAAAUAAUCGCAAAAUAUGUUGAUUGCCCUCCAACCAAUUUACUUUAAAUAACUUUUUCGUCGUUGUUAUAUAUCGUGUUCAAAGCAGUUUCGCAAUCGAAAACGAAACGAUUUUCUCGUUCAUACCGUGUUCGAAUUGAAUUUAAAACAACCGUCAGAGAGUGAAAAAGAUAACCAUUCUUUAGAGCUAUUCGGGGAAUUAUUGCGAACAACACGUCAAUUUUGAAAUCACCGAAAUUAUUUUGAACACGGCGAAAGUAAUUUCGCCAAUCUUGAACAUAGUAGCUGUUGUCUUUUUUCAUUUUCAAACGUACUUAUUGUCUUUUUUUUUCUUUUUCUCUUCCAUGUAAUUUUUACUCCAUUUCAAAAUAUCUAUCCAAUAAAAAUUCUCAAUUCAGAGUUUUUUUUUGAAGAGAUUCGUUUGAUCGUUUUAUUUUAUUACCUUAACAAGUUAAUUUGUUUGUAACAGAAUUUCUUAUCGUUGCUUUAGCUUCCAAGACUUCGUCACCAUGUCUGAAUUGAUUCGUGGCUCUGUUGAUCUGGAGGUAUCCCGUUCUCCUGUUUACUAGUGAAUGAUGAAUCUGUUCAAAAAAACCUACCGUAACCGAUUAUGAAAUUUUUAUUUAAUAUUUUUACAUCGAAAAAAAUUUGGAAGCUAACUACUGUUUUUUUGAACUGUUCUGGACACACUUGAAUUUAUUUUUCAGGUCGGAGAGACCUGCAUUUCCGGCAUAAUUCAAAUGAAUGAGUUCAAGUGGUAGGUUUAAUAAGUUAUUCAAUCUUUUUGAAAAGUUCUAAGGAAAUUAAGGAAACUUUUUCUCAACCAAUCUCGCGGUUUCUACGGUGUAGAAAAGGAAAAAGUCGCCCAAUUUGUCUUUUUAAUUUUCAAAAACUCUCAAAAUCAGUGAUCACAAAAAUUUGAUUUUUAUCACUAUAGCUUUUUCUUCACAUUAUAUUCGAGUGUAUUUUUCAAAGAUUAGGAAAUGAAAUCUACAUAGACGGAAGAACGGAUAAAUCAGUUUAAUUUAAUUUUUUAGGAUUGUUAAAGUGUGCGAGAAAAAGAGAAAUGUCGUUUUGGUGGUGGCUUGCGAUCCUGAAAAUUCGUCUACGCCGUGGAAAGUUGACGCCGAAAUUAGUCUUGCUUUGAAAUCCGGCAACGAAAAAUUGGGCACUUUUGCGGUAAAAUUGUUUCUUAGUCGCUGAGAGUUCGAAAGAAAAAAUGUAUAAGAGGAAAUAAUAUUAUGAUAGUAUAACCUAUCCACGGUUUGCUUUGGAUGCUGAAGAGUGUGGCACUGUCUGCGCUCCCCAUCAACCAGGAAAUCUCUUUUUUUCCCGUUUCAGGAACCAUUUUUCGAUGUCUCAAGCCCGCCGUGAAUCGGCUAUAGUCUGUUCAGAUUUUGAAUGUCAAGUGGUCCCUGAAGCUCCGCCCCCCUAAUAACGCUAUAAACCAAUCAGAGAGCGAGCCAUCAACAGAUCGUUUUUGAAUGACGUCAUUGCACUUGACAUUCAAAAUCUGAACGGACUAUAUAACGAGUUCAAUUUUUAUAGAUCCCGGCAUUAAAAAACAGAUAGAAUGAAAUGUCUAAUACAAAGUUGAGAUGAAUUCAACGGAAAGAUUUUUUUUUAAUUUUGAGAAACCUAUUUAAAAAAGAUAAAAUCUCAGCGCCGGCCGUUUCGUACUUUUCAUUUUUGUACAACCUUUUGGGUGCAUUUUGAGAACUUUCACGACUGAUUGCAGUCAUCGCACAUUCCGUACCGUUCCAUAUUGUACACGUUUUCGUUUCUAAAGCUAUCAUUUUUCAGGACCGUUUUGUUUUUGAGAAUCAUGUCAAACCAUUCGAGAUGCGAUGUACCUUAUCAGAAAAAAAUCUGUUUAGUUCCAAACAGGUAUUGUCUUUUUUUCAAGGAAGUUCCGCGUUUUAUUCUCUCGCGGGAAAACUUGACCGCUUUAAUUCAUUUUUUUUAUGUUUUUGGGAGAGUUGUGAAGUUGGUCCGAGCUUUUGUUGAAAUCAAAGUUUUUUCAUCAUCAUUCAAAAGGCAAGUCCGAUUUUCCGUUUUUAUGGAUGAUUCUGAAGUUUGAAGAACGUUGGAUCACUUGAGUCUCGAUGUUUCCCAUCUAUCGAGGCAAUUUCCAAGCGUUUUGUUCCAUGUCGGAUUCCAGAAGUUUUUUGCCCAUAAAGAGGUGAAAUAUUUCAUGUACAAUUUUCGAUUCUGUUUACAGCUGUUCAAGCUGCAUUCUUCAUAUUUCCGCAAGUUGAUUGAAGAGAAAGAAGAAAGUCUUGGCAACGAAACUGACAAAGAAAGCUUCGAACACGCAGAAAAAGAGAAAAUCAUGGAGAUCAAACUGAACGAUGUUAGCCCAAACGAGAUAAAAACGCUCAUUCAAGCAAUUUAUCCGAUGGAGCAAAAACCCAACGGUCAGAUAAUCGAUCCUUCAAACAUUUGAAAGAAGUAUAUUUUAAACGGUGUCUUUUGAUAGUCGAAAUGCGGCGCCAGCGCGUUAAUUUUUUUAUAGUCUGUGUGCCACGACUUGAAAUUUCACGGAGCGACAUUCCGCUGUUCCGCUGCGUGCGUUCGCGAAGCGUCUUUCGAAUCUAGGUUAAUUGAUUGUUAUUGCUGUGGGAGAACAUGAAGUAGAGUAUCUUAAUAGAAGAAAAAAAAUUAUUGGCGCGACCAAGGUUCGCAAAAGCGCGCAGCGGCACAGCGGAAUGUUGUUCUGUGAAAUUUCAAGUCGUGGCACACAGACUAUAUCAGUCAGUAGUUUUCUCAUUAUUUAUGGUCCCCGAAUAAUCGUGAGCGUUAAUUUUGCAUACACCAAUCUUAGGGGCUCGAAUCUUUGCAAACGAUUCUUGGAAAUAUUCCCCUCUUUUUUGAAUUGCCAUCUUUUUUUUCCACGUUUUUUUCCUUUGUCGUUUUACUGGAAGGAUGUCGUGUUUCGACCACAAAUGAACACUGUAUGAUUUUUUUUCAACUAACUUUCUAUAAAAAAAAUGCGUCUUUCUCGCAUACACAUAGUCAAAUAUUGGUGGUAUGAAAAAAAGACCAGCGAAAAUUCAAACGGCGACUUUUCCGAUUUUUUCAUUUCGCUAGGGGAACUUUCCGACGGCCACCUUUCCGACGAAUCUUUUUCCGACUUUUUUUCUCGAUAAAAUCUUCGUUUUUUUAAUCUUCCUAUAUAAAGUAGGUAGUUGGUUGAUGAUUAAAAACACAAAGAAAUAGGAAAAAAAAAGUUUAUAAAUGUUUUAUAAAUUGAAAAACAUAAGAGAAAAAAGUCGGAAAGGGAUCCGUCGGAAAGGUGGCCGUCGGAAAGUUCCCUAGCGAAAUGAAAAAAUCGGAAAAGUCGCCGUUUGAAUUUUCGCUGGUGUUUUUUUCAUACCACCCAAAUAUUCGCUGCAGAACGGCUACCACAUUUUCAUUCACUCUGUAUAUAUUUUUCCAUCAACUUCUGUUUACAAAAAAACAUUGGAAAAACUACUAUAAAAAUCAGAAAAGAGGUGAAUAUUCCCUAUAAUCGUUUUGCCAUGUGUAGCGACCGACUUUCAUCGGCGCUGAAAAAAAAAGGGUGCAGAAAGGCAGCAAAAAUGAUCCCUUUAGGGAGCCUUCCAUUUUUUUUUUUUCCUAGGAUUUUAAAGGCUUAAGAAAUGGUGGGAAAGAGAGGGGCAGCAAAAAAGGUGCAUAAGAGCCGACGAAACGGCGCAAAAAGGCUGCAAAAAAGGAAGCCUUUGUCACCCUCAAAAGAACAUUUUUAUGGAGCCUUUUUCCACCAUUUCCGACUAUGCCUAUGUUUCUGCGAUUUCGGAAGCUGAUUUAGAGGUUUUUUGUCCUGAAAUACUUCGUUUUCCAUCUUUUUCUUUGACACAUAUUUCGUAUCUUUUCUUAUUCAGAGAAAAACGUGGAAAUGCUUCUGAAGAUCGGCCAGCGUUUUGGAGUUCCUUCGAUUUUGGUUGAUUGCGAUCGUUUUCUCAUAUCUCGGGAGGCUGAUAAAAUGGAAAGAUUUCAGCUGUUGCGCUGGUCUGUUCAGUACGAUCUCCCGGAUCUUCAAGUUUAACAUGACUUUUGAAGUUUCCGUUUUAGACUCAGUCUUUCAGAACUUUGUCAUGAAGUCCUUCGACAGUUUAAACAAAAUUGACGCUGUCAGAGACAGUCCUGCCUGGUUGGGGAUGGAAGACAAAGUGAAAAGUGUCCUUUUCGAGAAAAUGAUCUCUUUGUCGAGAGGUCAUGAAGUUCAUCUUGACUAUCCUCGUUUUUAA